UUCUCUCUCUCUCUCUCCCUCUCCCUCCCUCUCUCUCGCGGCUGCUACUACAAGUUCCCCAAAGGGCCAAAACGACGCUCCGCACUUCUGUAAUUUACAUCUCUAUGGCCAUCUCCCUGUCCAACCUUCCCUCUCUCACCACCCUCCGUUUCCCAAACAGAAAGCCUCUCUCAGUUCACAACCCAAAAACCUUAAUUCUCACCUCUAAAACCAAACCCCAAUCCCCAUUUUCCAUCACAUUCCAAAACGGCAAGCGAAAACGCCCACGUUUCAAAAUCCGAAACUCGGUGCUACCGGAGCCGGAAAACUGGGUUCGUUUUGGUCAGUCGGUUUUACCUGGAGGCAGUUGGUGGAGUCUGAGCGAGGACAACCAUGUAGAUAUUACGGCGGCGAAGCCAAUAACUGUCAUGGUUGCUCUCCGUCGAAUGUGGGAAUUGAUUGCCGGUGAUCGAUGGCUUGUUUUUGUUGCGUUUGGUUCCUUAGUCAUCGCUGCGCUUUCAGAGAUAUCAAUACCAAGUGUAUUGGCUGCUUCUAUCUUUUCUGCACAGAGUGGUGAGACCAUGGUGUUCUCUAGGAGCUCAGAGCUCUUAGUUAUGCUGUGUUUCACGUCGGGGAUAUGCAGUGGCCUGCGAAGUGGCUGUUUUGGAAUUGCGAAUAUGAUCUUGGUUAAGCGCCUCAGGGAAACUCUAUAUUCAUCAAUUCUUUUUCAGGAUAUAUCCUUUUUCGAUAGAGAAGCAGUUGGUGAUUUGACGAGCAGGCUUGGGGCAGAUUGUCAGCAACUGUCUCAUGUUAUUGGGAAUAAUGUUCACCUGAUAUUACGCAAUGCUGUUCAGGGGACAGGUGCAUUGAUCAAUCUGCUGACUUUAUCUUGGCCUCUUGCAUUAUCAGCUUUGGUGAUAUGCUUUGUUCUAUCUACAAUCUUUCUGUUUUAUGGCCCGUACCAAAAGAGAGCUGCAAAGUUAACCCAAGAGUUCACUGCUGGUGCCAAUGAAGUUGCGCAAGAAACACUUUCUUUAAUGAGAACUGUCCAGGUUUAUGGAACUGAAAGGAAAGAACUUGGAAGGUACAAGCAAUGGCUGGACAGGUUAGCUUUUAUAAACAUUCGAGAAAGUGUGGCUUAUGGAUUGUGGAAUAUGAGUUUCAAUACGCUAUAUCGUUCAACACAGGUCAUUGCGCUACUAUUAGGAGGAAUGUCAAUUAUGAGUGGUCAUGUGUCGCCUGAACAACUUACCAAGUAUAUAUUGUACUGUGAGUGGUUAAUUUAUGCUACCUGGAGGCUCACAGAUAAUUUAUCAUCAUUACUACAGUCCGUUGGAGCUAGUGAAAAGGUCUUCCAGUUAAUAGAUCUCUUGCCGAGUGACCAAUUUCUAUCGAAAGGGGUGAAGUUGCAGAGGGUAAUGGGACAUAUUCAGUUUGUGAAUGUAUCAUUUCACUAUCCUUCAAGGUUAACGGUGCCCAUUCUAGAAGACAUAAAUGUCUCUGUUCGAGCAAAUGAAGUGGUUGCAAUUGUUGGUCCAAGUGGUAGUGGAAAAAGCACAAUUGUCAAUCUUUUGCUUCGUCUUUAUGAGCCAAGUAGUGGUCAGAUUUUUGUUGACGGUUUCCCUCUAAGAGAGCUGGAUAUUGGGUGGCUGAGAGAGAAAGUUGGAUUUGUUGGACAGGAACCCCAUCUCUUUCAUAUGGACAUCAAGUCAAACAUUAGAUAUGGUUGCUCUAGACACAUUGAACAGGAAGAUAUAGAAUGGGCUGCGAAGCAGGCCUAUGCUCAUGAAUUCAUCUCAUCUCUUCCUGAUGGUUAUGAUACCCUCGUUGAUGAUAAUUUACUGAGCGGGGGACAGAAGCAGCGAAUUGCUAUUGCUAGGGCCAUUCUUAGAGAUCCUGCUAUUCUGAUCCUUGAUGAAGCCACCAGUGCUCUAGAUUCUGAAAGUGAACAUUAUGUUAAGGGGGUUCUUCAUGCGUUCAGAAAUGACAUCAAAGGAAAAAGAACUGUCAUUGUCAUAGCACAUAGGCUCUCUACCAUUAAAGCUGCUGAUAGAAUCAUGGUACUGGAUGGUGGUCGAGUCAUUGAGAUGGGUGACCACACAGAGCUCCUUCUCAAGGGCGGCUUGUAUGCACAGUUAUUUAAAGUUCAAGCGGCUGUUUUGGCUUGACUCAAGACCAUUUUUUGGCUACACUUCUGAGUGUUAACCCAGGUUUGAUGGCUUCAUUCAUUCUCCGAUCUCCGUAUGUUCAUUAGCGAGCUAUUGCUUGAACUGUGUUUUUUUUUAAUGGAAAUCAAUCUCAGAGAUACGCAACCAAUUACACCAGAAGUAUACAACAAAGAUUCUGAUUAAGAAGAAAAAGAAGAAUACAAGUCCAAAAAUUCAGUAAAACUAAAAAAAUGAGGACUUCUAGAUGCCGUCAUUCAAAGCAUAGAGGAUUUGAACAUGACAACUUUUGACUCUCAACACCAAAAUCACGUCAUCUCUGUUGACUGUUGUAUCUUAUUAUCUUAGACUUUCCCCAUUUAUACUUUCUUAUUAUUCCUUUUUGGGAAAAAAUAUACUUUACUCAAAUCAAAGUAUUUGUUUUGAGUUGAUCUUACGUAACUUUUUCCAAUUUGCUUCGAACUACGACACUUCAGCCCAAUUGUUUCUGUUUGUUUGGAUAUAAUUCAAGUCAUUUUGCGACGCACGUGACCUUUUAGCCUUUAAUUGUUUUAAUUGUUUUUAAGAAAGAAAAGUGUUGCCGCAACUAUACAUACACUCUACGUGUCACUUGGGAUGAAAUGAAAGGUGGAUAAGUAGUCUCAGCAAUCAGCAUGCCUCAAACACGUAGAGCCAACAUGUGUAGGAACAUUACACGUAUCAAUUAAGCAAAGAAUAUUAAUCAACAUUGUCGAAUUGAAAGGCAUGGACACCAAGAACAGAAAAGUCAUGGAGCUUCAAGAGAACAAGGCAGCCAAGGAAGAUCUCAAUGAGGCACAAGUUCUCGACCACGCUGGUGACAGGGAAGAUCUAGAGCAGAGAAAUGAUAACAAUGUGGGGGAAGAAAGAAAAGAGCCUCCUCCUAAAGGCCUUCCACACCAACAAGUUCCACAGCCUCUCGUUGAUUUCUCCAGCGAAGCCCUUGAGCAUCUCUGAUCUCGUCAAUCACAGCCAUGAUGAUUGAUUGCCUUCGUUCUUUUCCUUUUCAUUUUUCUUUUGUGUCUGCGUGUGUGUGAGUGAAAGAAUAUAAAAGAACUGCGAGAUUUCAUUAAAAAAAAAAAGAAGUUGUAAUUUGAAAUAACUAUAUGCCAUGUAUCAACAAUGCAAUACAAACAUGAAAACAAAGAAAUCAGAGAGAAUGUUGAGAGGAAAAUCUCUGUAUAUUGCAUUGAAGUAGUUUGUUCUUUGUACAUUUGCAGUAUAUAUAUCAUAUACAAGCUGCCAUAUGAAUAA